GUCACGGAUCUGCAGCACCAGAGAGAGAGAGAGAGAGAGAGAGAGAGAGAGAGAGAGAGAGAGAGAGAGAGAGAGAGAGAGAGAGAGAGAGAGAGAGGGAUGCUGAGGUGACAGCGAGGAGGAGGACACGGACGAUAGGACUAACGUACUGAUAUAUAUAUAUUAUAUAUAGAUACAUAUAUAUAUAUAUAUGUAUACAUAUAUAUUGUAUAACUUCAGUUCAAUCACGCCGCAGCAGCCCCAGAGAGAGACAGUGAUUCGCAGACCGGCGCGGACAUUGCAUCCACCAUCCUGGGAUUCACCUCGACGCGGUGCCCCCCGCAGCCCCCUCACGGUGUGGAUCUGAUGUAACCACACCCGGCGCCUCUCGGGUGGAAGGAUCAGAUCGAGUGCCCGAGGGUUCCAGAUGCCCGCCCCAGUGUGAGACGGGGGUGUGUUACCGGGGGCGACCACUGAGACCAGCGGGGGGGGGGCCGCGGCGUGCCCGGCGGCGUCGGGAUGAGCGGGGGGGUGGAGCCAGCGGACAUCCUGACUGUCCUCGCCCUCGUCAAGGAGCGAUGGAAAGUGACGAAGAAGAUUGGCGGGGGGGGCUUUGGGGAGAUCUACGAGGCGCUGGACCUGCUGACCCGCAUCAGCGUGGCGCUGAAGGUGGAGUCCGCCCAGCAGCCCAAGCAGGUGCUGAAGAUGGAGGUGGCGGUGCUCAAGAAACUACAGGGGAAGGACCAUGUCUGCCGCUUCGUCGGCUGCGGACGCAACGAUCGCUUCAACUACGUGGUGAUGGAGCUCCAGGGCCGUAACCUUGCCGACCUGAGGAGGAGUAUGUCCCGGGGAACCUUCAGCAUCAGCACCACUCUGCGGCUGGGCCGGCAGAUCCUGGAGUCCAUCGAGAGCAUCCACUCGGUGGGCUUCCUCCACCGCGACAUCAAGCCGUCUAACUUCGCCAUGGGCCGGUUCCCUAGCACCUGCCGGACCUGCUACAUGCUGGACUUUGGGCUGGCUCGCCAGUUCACCAACUCCUGCCAGGAGGUCCGACCUCCGCGGCCGGUGGCGGGGUUUAGAGGCACGGUGCGCUACGCGUCCGUCAACGCUCACAAAAACAAGGAGAUGGGUCGUCAUGACGACCUGUGGUCCCUCUUCUACAUGCUGGUGGAGUUCCUGGUGGGACAGUUGCCAUGGCGAAAGAUCAAGGACAAAGAGCACGUGGGGAAGCUGAAGGACACCUACGACCACCGGCUGAUGCUGAAGCACCUCCCGUCGGAGUUCCUGGUGUUCCUGGAGCACGUGGCCAGCCUGGACUACUUCACCAAGCCCGACUACCAGCUGCUGAUGUCGGUGUUCGACAACAGCAUGAAGACGUACAACGUGGUGGAGAACGACCCGUACGACUGGGAGCGCACGGGCGCCGACGGCACGCUGAGCAUCAACACCAGCGCCACCACGCCGCAGCACCUCACCCGCCUGACGCCCGCCCACAUGGGGAUGGCCAACGCCUCCCUGAUCCCGGGCGACCUGCUCCGGGAGAACACGGAGGAGGUGCUGCAGGAUGAGCAGCUGAGCGACGGGGAGAACGCCCCCCCGGGACCCGGGGAGCGCCCCCCCGGAUCCCCCGGGCACCCCCCCCGCCCCCAGGAGGCCGACGUCUGGGAGGAGCUGGACCGCAACCGCAACCGCAUCCGGAACGCCGCCUGGAAGGCGGCCAACGAGGAGGAGCAGGGCCACAACCAGGGCCCCCAGAGCCCGUACGCGGGCCCCAGCAUGGGCUCCCCGGUCAGGGGGCCCUCCGAGGGGGGGCUGGCCUCCGACUGCAACGGCCCCCUGCUUAGGAAGCUCCGCAACAUCCACAGCCUGGAGCUGGAGCGCAGGCUGAGCCUGGAGGCCAAGCCCGGCCCGGAGCGCCUCGGAGCGGAGCCCUGCCCCCCCAAGCAGCCGUGUGGCCCCCCCCCCCAGGACAGGGACUCUGCGGACCGGGUCCCCCCCGCGCCCCCCGUAGCCCCGCCCCCCCCCGCCGGGGAGGAGCCUCUGAGGGUGUGGCACUACGACGAGGAGUUCAUGUCCGGGAGGGGCUCCCCCCGGCCGGCCACGCCCGGUUCCCCCGAGCCGGCAGGCGACGCCCCCAGCAGCUUCGUGAUGCUGAACCUGAGCUCCUGCCGGCAGGAGGUGGACUCCCGGGAGUGGGGGGUGCUGGAGCGGCCCAAGGCCCCCGGCACGCCCUCGGUGGGGGAGGAGGGGGAGGAGGGGGAGGUGCUCCGCCCUGGGGAGCAGAGUCCCGGUUGGGGCAGGGGCAGCCCGGGGCCCAGCUACGGCAAAGCCAAGCCGGACACGCAGGCCUCGUCGUCGGGGGUCUCCAAGGGGGAGCGGCUGGAGCUGAGCGUGGGGUCCCCCCCCGGGAACCCGGCGCCCGUGACCCCGACCAGCCCGGCCAACGCCCUGGCGGAAGGGGUCCUCACUCAGCUCCCCUCCUCUCCCCCGUCCCUCCCGGAGGAGGCGGCGGCGGCGGUGCGGACGUGCAGCCCCCUGCAGCUGCGCUCCCCCAGCCCCCGCACCCUCCUCUGCACCCUGUCGGACCCCCUGCACCUCCGGCGGCCCGCCGCGCUGCGCCGCAGCCUGUCCGCCGACCAGCGGGAGCGGGAGCGCGCCUCCUUCUCCUCCUCCUCCUGCCACGCCCCCCUCCCCCCGCCGUCGUCCACCUCGCCGCCGCCGCCGGCCCCCCCCCGCUCCCCCGCCCGCAGGAAGCUGCCCGCUAUCCCGGCCGGCGCCGCCAACGCCAAGUUCCCCUCUGUCAUACGCAUCACGCGCGCGCAGCUGCAGCAGGACGAGAAGCAGCGUUUCUCCUCGGUGCUGCUGCUGGCGCGCCUCCUGGCUAAGUUCCUGGGCUUCCUGUCCUUCCUGCCGUACCAGAGCCCCGAGCGACCCCCCAGGGAGCUCCAGGAGGCCGCCCUGGCCCUCCGCAGCAAGAGCGCCCCGGUGCUGGACGUGUGCGGGCUGCUGCGGCGCUGCGUGGGCCGGGGCCGCGCGGUGCUCACCCUCCCCUGGAUGGUGGAGUUCCUCUCCAUGAUGGACUUCACCGGACCGCUGCUGCCCUGCUACCGCAGCGCGCUGGGGUCUCUGCUGCUGCUGUACAGGGGUCUGGUUCUGGGUCGGGGGGUCGAGGUGUGUUACCUGAACAAGCUGCUGAUGGUGGCCGCGCUGGGCUGGCUCUUCCAGAUCCCGGUUAUCCCGGAGGACAUCUUCUUCACCAGUGACUUCACCGACGUGGCCCGGCUGGAGGACCCCCCCACCGGGGUUCAGGGUUUGGACUGCCUUCCUCUGGUGGACCAGCAGCUGCUGUACGUCUGCUGUCCCUUCCUCGGCGAGUUCAGGAAGAUCCUGGCCGCCUUCGUGUCGGGCAGCGCCGCCAAGAGCAGCGGGAUCUUACGGAAGAUCACGCCCACGUCGGCCGAGCCGCGGGACGCACCCAUCGCCAAACGGUCCCAGCAGAAGCUCCAGGUGGACUUGGAGCAGGCGUUCUUCCACAACCAGCCCCCGUCCCUACGCCGCACCGUGGAGUUCGUGGCGGAGCGCGUCGGCUCCAACUGCGUCAAACACAUGAAGGCCACGCUGGUGAGCGAGCUGGUGCAGCGAGGGGAGGAGCUUCUGAGGGCGGGGCUGCUGUCCCCGGGCGCCAGCGGGCCCAAGCUGCACGAGGCCAUCGGGGCCCAGCUGAGCGACCGCGGCAUGGAGGCCCCCGCCAGGGCCACCAGGUUCUGCAGCGACAAGAGUCCAGAUGCCAUCAGGAACCUACUGCCAGUGGAAACUUCUCCCGUCGUGUUGACCACGUCGGAGAACAUCACCAAGCGCCUGGCCACGGAGAAGGCCUGCAGCUGGCUGGCGGCCAACAUCACAGCCCUGAUACGACGAGAGUGGAAGAGCCGCUUCGACCGCGUCAUGAAGUCCAUGGACGCGCAGGGGGCGGGGCUGGAGCCGGCCAAUCAGGCGCUGCCCAGCACCCCCAAGAGGAAACCGGGAGGCGAGCGAGCGCUGGUCUGUCCGACGGCCUGCCCCCACGCAGCCCCCCUCCCCUCCGACGUCCUCAUCCAGAUGAAGGAGGUGCUCAGUGUGGGCGUGGGGCCCAGGACGGAGGCGGAGCUGCCCACCGGCCCUGAGCUCAGGGCUCUGCUGGGCCGGGUGGGAGAGGCCCUGGCCUGUAGGAAGUUCCUGACCCCGGUCUCCGAGCAGAUGCUGCUGCGCUCCACGGUGCUGUUGGCGUGUCAGAUCGUGGGCGGCGACCUCCCCGUUCUGUCUCCCCAGGGCGUCGGCGACGGGGACCCUGGCCCCUCCCCGGGGGCGGGGCCUGGUGAGGGGGGCGGGGUCCUGGAGGCCCUGGCUGACCUAUGGGAGAGGGAGUGCUGCUGGGCCACGCCCCUCCACCUGCUCUUCAGCGAGCUCAACGUCACGGCCGUGCUGCGGGCGCCGACCGGAGGGUUGGACAGCUAUGAGUUCCUGGUCCGACGGCUGCUGACCAAAGGCCUGCUGGGAGAAGAGGAGCUGGCCUCUCAUUGGAGGAAACUCUCCGGUGUGUCGCCCAUACAGGUUUUUACGGAGAAGUUUGAGCUGCUGCCAUUCCUGCUGGUCAAGCCGGCCAUGGCUUUACCGGAGACACUGAGCCCGACCGGCCAGUAGAGGGCGCCCUGGCACAGAACAAACGCUGCGCUCUCUCUCUCUCUCUCCCGUGUUUUAUUCAAAAGGGUCCACAAAGUUGUGUUAUCUUUUUGUGUGUUCGGUUUUGCUUCAUGAAACGCCAAACUGAUUUUAUCAAUAUUUCGGUUUUUGGGGUUUUGUUCACUGUUCUAUUUCAACACUGUAUUUCCGCACGUCUUUCACUGUGUAUUGUCCACCUGUGGACGCCACCUACGCUUGUCGCGAGCCUUCGCUCCUUUUGUAAAGGUGCGAAUGGGGGCCAAAGUCCCGCCACUCAGGAUUAGUAGCCAGGGGGAGAUGUGCACGAAUGACUGCAAAAGAAGCCCCUGUAUGCAAACCUGGAUAACCGAUUUUCCCCCAGUGAGGAGAUGGUUAGAAAAGCGUCUGCGUUGUCUGCCAAGAUGUAUUAUCGGGUCCGGGGUCCCAACACACGCGGGGGGAAAUGUGGGGUUGACCUUAUAGCUUUGAUGCAAAGAUGAGAGAAUAAAUGUAUUAAACGUUUCCUUGGCUCGAACUGUUCACCCACUGCCUUCAACGACCGCCCUACUGUUGGUUCGUGAUUUGAUUCUUUAAUGCAAGUUUGCAUUUGCGACGAUUUUCCGUAUUUUAGUUCACGUUGAACGUGUUGUAUAUUCCGCUGCUUUUAAAUUGGAAUUAUUUUGUAUGUUAUGAAAUAAAAUAAUAAAGAUGUGCUG